UCCCCGACAUUGAUUAUACUGGAUCUGUCCCACAUCAGUACCGUCUAGAUUGACCCCUGAAGGGAGAAGCGGCAGCCAUGAACACUCAACAGAUGGAGCAGAUGGGCCAGUUCCGGAUCACGGUCUGGGAGGAGGAGAACUUCCAGGGAAAGCGCUGUGAGUUCAUGCUGGAGUGCCAGAACAUCAUGGAGAGGGGCUUCCACAAGAUCCGCUCCAUCAAGGUUGAGAACGGACCUUGGGUGGGCUACGAGUACCCAGAGUUCCAGGGGCAGCAGUUCAUCCUGGAGAAGGGGGACUACCCUCGCUACGAGGCCUGGAGCGGGAACAGCAGCUACAGAACCGAGCACCUGCUUUCCUUCAGACCCAUCAAGUGCGCCAACCACAGUGACAGCAAGGUGACCCUGUACGAGUGCGAGGACUUCCAGGGGCGCAAGUUUGAGAUGUGCGACGACUAUCCCUCCCUACAGGCCAUGGGCUGGUGCAGCAAGGAGGUGCCCUCCAUCAAAAUCAACUCAGGCGCCUGGGUUGCCUACCAGUUCCCUGGUUACCGUGGAUACCAGUACAUCCUGGAGAGAGACAGACACCAAGGCGAGUACAGAUGCUACAACGAGUACAGCACCCAGGCUCACACCAACCAGGUGCAGUCCAUUCGCAGGAUCCAGCACUAAGCCCGAGAACAAAGAAACUCUCCCCCCACUCCCCCCCAGACCUGGACAGACCGCUGUCUCAGAUCAGUAGAUGGACAAACGCUUUCGACCGCCCGGCGUGUGUGGAAAUCUCAGUACCUUCUUCCACCCUCAUGCUGACGCAUGUUCUUGAAAUAGGAAAUAAAGGCUUUUCUUCCAAACUAGA